AUGAGAAGGAAGCUCUCCGUUUUGUUCUGUAUAUUUUCUGUGAUACAGCUAUGCAGGAGUUCUUUUAUGGACAAUCCAUACCAUAGAUACUGCCGAACAAAUAUUCAUGGAGACCAAGAUUGCUUUUUCGCAGUAGCAUAUUGGUUCAAUUUUGUAGACUUUCGUCAAUGGCUAGAUAAGCUUCCGGGUCCCCUUGGAGAUGUAUCAUUGCACGUGCACUGUAUCCCGGGAGCUUAUAUCCAUCUACCAUUUCCCUACCGAGCAAGGAACCUCAAGAAACUCAAAGUGAAGAACUGUUUGAUCAGAAAUUUCAUGUCUGAAUGGAAAUCUCCGUCAAUAUACCCAGAUAGUCUUGAAGUUCAGGAGAUGGAUAAAUGCGAACUAGAAAUUGACUUUCCGACAAUGCAAGAUGUUAUCAGUUCCACCCUCAACAAACAAACCAUUUGUGGACAGGAAACGCUUGUAAAAUUGGCUAUGAGGAAUAUCACAUAUAAACCUGUCGUUAAGGACUCCAACGCGCAGUUAGAAUCUAUGUUUGACUUGUUUGACACCUUUCAGGAGAAGAUGAAAUCCGUUAACUAUUUGUGCAACUACAACCAUCUCGAAUAUUUGGAACGUUCCGGCGAUGAUUCUCGUAGUAAAACCUAUAUGGAAGAUUUGACUGACAAAUCUCAUUAUCCAAGGCUGAAAACAAUCAAAAUGGCGUCAGAUCACAUCGUGAACUUUCCAGCACAAUUUAAAAACUGGCGGGAAUAUUUUCCUGCACUGCGUAGUCUUGAUCUGUUCAAUAACUCUUUGCAGAACUUUUCAUUUGAAAUUCCACAUAAAAAUAACGUGAAUUAUGUACCUUUAGUGGUUAAUAUGAGGAGGAAUGAAAUUCAAGCUGUUCCAUCAGAUAUAGAAAAAUACUUGUCAUGGUCACCGAUUAUCUUAGAUGUGCGGGAAAAUCCGAUAGAAUGUGACUGUAAGGCAGAAAAACUAGGCUAUUACCUUCGGAGUGUUCGCCGCCGGUUUCCUUUGUAUAAAGAGUUGACUGAGUUUGUAUGUAAAUCCCCAUCACAAGUGAAAGAUGUCAAACUCAUAUAUAUCAAUUAUGAGAAAUGUUCUCAAGAUCAGCAAAUUUAA